AUGUCGGCUAAAAUCUUUCUUCGACGAUUAACUGAUAUCGCAUCGUUCGAUACACUUCAAGAUAAACUUUCUCGUCUCAACGAUACAUACUUGGUCAACUCAAUCGAUACAAAUGUAUCCCGAUGCAUUGAUAUUAUCGAACUCAAUGCUCGUGUUCAACGAGAACUGUUCAAACUUCUCAAUCUCGUUUCAGCUGAAGGCAAUUCACUUGGUUUGUUAAAUCAAUCUUGUCAUGAAAAGGCAGGUGGUGUUUAUGGUGGAGCGUCGACAAUUCGUGCACGGCUCUUACCGUUUCUCAACCUUGAAGCGUCUUAUCUCAAUGGUUUAUUGAGUAAUACAGGUUCGGAUUUGUAUCCGUAUGCUUGGUGGCGCUAUCCAUAUGCGCAUUUGCGUACAUCAGCUGAAUUUCAUUCAUUGGCUAAUGAAUAUGAAAGUAAUUUGAAUAAUCUUGAAUUGGAUUUACGUGAUGCCAAUGAAGAUAAUGCUCGACUUGAAGCUGAAUUGGAAGAAACACGAGCAGAAUUAAUUGAUGAGCGAACAAAGUCAACAGGUGAAAAAAUGUUUAUUGAAGCUGAAUUAUCUAAUUUACGAUCACGACUUAGUGAUACGGAAUUUCGUCUUUCACUCGAACGAUUUAAGCCGCGAUCGGACAUUGCUCUUAACCAAGCCGAACGUGAUAUUCGUCGUUUACGUAAUGAUGUCGAAUUAGCACAAAUUCGAUCGCGAUCAUCCUCACCUGUUCCAAGCUAUACGUCACGACGUCCCGUAUCACCGACUCGUUCAUUAGUUCCGUUGACAUCGUCUAGUUCUUCUGUACAGGCAGUUCGUGAAGAUUCACUCAUACAGUGUUAUAAUGACUUAAAUGCUCGAGAACGACUUAGUGCCAUGGACAUACUUCGAACUGUUUCGGAUGAUUAUGAUAUGAAUCGACGUAUUUGCUUUGCUGUUGUUCAGGAAGCAUUUUCAGUUGCUAAACGUCGCUCUAAUGAAUGGAAAUUACGUCUUCGUUCGCAAUUUGCGAUAACACAUACAGGUCCUGAUUCACUUGAAGAUGUUGUUCAGGAUUAUAUUAAUCGAAACGUUGAACCAUAUGAGUUACCAACUCUUGUUUCGGAAAUAAUUGGUAAUUUGACUCGUAAUCCUCGAUUAAGCCUUCCACUUGGUGUCUCCUAUACCAUCAUCAAUACAUAUAUUCGAGAAGCAGUGCGUGUUGCUUGGCAUAUGUCAUGUCUAUCUUAUCCAAUGGAUGUUGCAUUUGCUACUGACGGUGAAGUUUUCGAUAGUACAAAAUAUCGUCGAAGUUAUGAUUCGGAAUAUGGAGCACCGUUAGUUGAUCAUCAUGUUUGGCCUGCGUUGAUGCAAGGCGGACGUGUCGUAACUACAGGUGAAGCAUGUACAAAACGUGGUGCCUCAUUAAAUCGUUCUCGAGCUGCAAGUCCAAUUCGUCUGGGUUAUACAAGCCCUGUUCGCAGUCGAUCGGUUAGUCCUAUUCGUCGAUCACGUACCGCAAGUCCAGUGAGAUUUGCACCUACAAAUCGCUACUAUUAA